AUGUCGCUUUCCUCCAGCCGCACCGUCGCUGCCCUGCGCCCCAGGCCAGCGCUCGCGGUCGAGCCGUCGUCGAGCGUCGCCGGCGCCGCGGCGAGGAUGCGCGAGAAGAAUGCUGAUGCGGCAGUCGUUGUCGAUGCGGCCGGCGAGCUGCUCGGCAUCAUCACCGACACGGACAUCGCACGCGUGCUGGCCGAGGGCGGCGACCCGUCCGUCGAGACGGUCGAGGUCACGAUGACUGCCUCUCCACGGUGCGUGCGCUCGACCGACGCCGCGGUGGACGCCCUCACCACCAUGGUGGAGAAGCGCUUCCGCCACCUUCCGGUGCUGCCGCCGUCGGGCAGCUCUCCCGUGGUCGGGAUCCUCGACAUGCGCGCCUGCCUGUACGACGCCAUCGCUCGGCUCGAGCGGCACCUGUCGCACGUCUCUUCGGCGAUGAGCUCCGCCCUCUCGCGCUCGGGCCUCACCGCCGCGGCGGCGGCGGGCACCGUCGACAGCCUCGUCUCCAAGCUCUUCACGCCGACCCUCUCCGAGGUGCUCGGCGAGCAGCUCGGCGCCGUCUCCAUCGCCUCGGACUGCAGCGUCGCCGCCGCCGCCGCCGCCGUCCGCGCCGGCCGCGGCGCCGUCCUCGUCCACCGCGCCGGCGCGGCGGCGGCGGGCGAGGGCGGCAUCGCCGGCAUCGUCACCUCCAAGGACGUCGCCUUCCGCGCCGUCGCGGCGGGGCUCGACGCGGGCUCGGCGGUGGAGGGCAUCAUGACGCGCCGGCCCGACUCGAUGCCCGCGAGCACGACCGUGCUGCAGGCGCUGCACCAGCUGCAGUAUGGGGGCUAUCGCCGCAUCCCAGUCGUCGCCGAGGACGGGGCGCCCGUCGGCGUGCUCGACGUGCUGCAGCUCGUCGAGGCGGCCCUCUCGCGGCAGGCGGCCGCCUCGCACGGCUCGCAAGGCUCGCCCGGCGGCGGAGGCCCCUGCGACGCGCCCGGCUGGCGCGGCUUUUGGGACGGCGCCGAGUCGCUGGUCGGCGCGCCCCUCUACCAGCCGCCCACGCGCAAGACGCUGGGCGAGGUUGGGAACUGCCUCCCCUCCCUCCCCUCCUCUGGCCGCGACGGCGCCUCGGAGCCCGGCCCCGCCCCGCCGCCGCCCUCGCUGCCCGCCUCGCUCUCCGCCUCCGGCUCCGCCGCCGGCUCCCGCCCUCCGCCUGCGGAGCGAGGGUGCGCCCUCCAAGGGAGCGCCUUCCUCUUCAAGCUCCUCGACGCGGGAGGGGCGGUCCACCGCAUCCGCCACGCCUCCCCCUCGCUCGACGACCUGCGCGCCGCCGCCUUCGGGCGCCUCUCGGCCGGCCCUCCGCCCGCCGGCUCGCUCCUCCUCUACGAGGACGAGGACGACGACCGCGUCGUCCUCUCCUCCGACGCGGAGCUCGCCGACGCCGUGCAGAGUGCGCGCGCCGCCGGCCGCGACAGGCUCGUGCUGCAUGUCGUCAAGCGCGCCGGCGCCGCCCCGCCGCCGCCGCCCGCCGAGGCGGACACGCCGAAGCCGGCGGCGGCCCUCUCGUCACACGAGCGCGUCUUCCUCAUCGGCUCGGCCGCCGUGAUGGGCACCAUCGUCGCCACCGUCGGAGCCCUCUCGCGGGCGCGCUGA